UGGGAGGGGCAUGACGUACAUCCGGCGCGUAGCUGGCGGUCCCGGGUACUGCUGGUCUGUGUGCUUUGAGGGAGGGUCGCGCCGCCAGCCACCGCCGGAGGAGCCCCUCGGGCCGUCGUAAGCAUCAAUAAUGUCUUUCAUCUUUGAGUGGAUCUACAACGGCUUCAGCAGUGUGCUCCAGUUCCUAGGACUCUACAAGAAAUCUGGAAAACUUGUAUUCUUGGGUUUGGACAACGCGGGCAAAACCACUCUUCUUCACAUGCUGAAAGAUGACAGACUAGGCCAGCAUGUACCAACAUUACAUCCCACCUCAGAAGAACUGACGAUUGCCGGAAUGACUUUUACCACUUUUGAUCUUGGUGGACAUGAGCAAGCACGUCGGGUUUGGAAAAAUUAUCUCCCAGCGAUUAAUGGGAUAGUUUUUCUGGUGGACUGUGCGGAUCAUUCUCGCCUCAUGGAAUCCAAAGUUGAGCUUAAUGCUUUAAUGACUGAUGAAACAAUAUCUAAUGUGCCAAUUCUUAUCUUGGGAAACAAAAUUGACAGGACAGAUGCAAUCAGUGAAGAAAAACUCCGUGAAAUAUUUGGGCUUUAUGGACAGACCACAGGAAAGGGAAAUGUGUCUCUGAAAGAGCUGAAUGCCCGCCCCAUGGAAGUAUUCAUGUGCAGUGUGCUCAAGAGGCAAGGCUACGGCGAGGGUUUCCGCUGGCUCUCCCAGUAUAUUGACUGAUGUUUGGACAGUGAAAAUAAAGAGUUUUACUUCUGGACUGAUCCUAUUCACAGCUUCCUCAUGGACUUUUCUAAUAGAACAAGGAAAGCUCUCCAACCAUGUCUGGCAUUGAAAAGCCAUGCAUCUCUGUCUACGCUCAUCGCCCAGUGGUGACAUGUGCUCUUCUCCACUCAUGGGAAGUAACACUGCCUGUCUGCUGGUCAGGUCAGUGUCAGGGACUGGGGCUGGCAGGAUUUGCCAGGGAAAGCCGGGUGCCAUCAUGGAACACCUGGAAAGAAAAACACGUCUCACCACUGGUUGAUUCAAAAGAAAGUGAUUCUAUUUUUUAAAGAAAGUGUUGUUAAUGUAAUUGGUAUCCAUCCCUUCUCUAACUUUUUGAGUUCACAAUUUACUUGGUCCAGAUUUUCUAUUCUUUUUUU